CUGGAUUCCCAGCUGCUUGGAGCAGGGGUGGAAGAAACCCGACCCACUCCAAAGUCGACGCAAGCAAGGGAGGUGCAGUGGGGGAGCAGGACUCUCUUGGAAACGGAAUAUUGGCCUCGAGGCUCUCCAGCCCUUUGAGAUUUCCAAUGGGAUCUUAGAAGCAGCUGAAGCACCAUGAAGGGCAGUACCCUGGGGCCAGCCACGAUUUGAACACUCUGCCCUGCAGCUCUUUGGACGGAGGAACCCAGAACCCUGACCUCACCGCUCACCAGGUCACAGUUUUUAUCUACGUGAACCCACAUGGCUUUGUUACGAAAAAUUAACCAGGUGUUGCUGUUCCUUCUGAUUGUGACCCUCUGUGGGAUUCUGUAUAAGAAAGUUCAUAAGGGGACCAUGCUCAGGAAUGAAGCAGAUGAUGACUCUGAGACCCCGGAGGAGAUGGAGGAUGAAAUUCCGGUGGUGAUCUGUGCAGCAGCAGGCAGGAUGGGCGCUGCCAUGGCUGCCAUCAACAGCAUCUACAGCAACACCGAUGCCAACAUCUUGUUUUAUGUAGUUGGGCUCCGGAACACUCUGUCCCGAAUUCGGAAAUGGAUCGAACAUUCUAAACUGAGAGAAAUAAACUUUAAAAUCGUGGAGUUCAACCCUGUGGUCCUUAAAGGAAAGAUUAGACCGGACUCCUCAAGGCCUGAGCUGCUCCAGCCUCUGAACUUUGUACGAUUUUAUCUCCCUCUGCUUAUCCACCAACACGAGAAAGUCAUCUAUUUGGAUGAUGAUGUAAUCGUCCAAGGGGACAUACAAGAGCUGUACGAUACCACCUUGGCCCUGGGCCAUGCAGCAGCUUUCUCCGACGACUGCGACCUGCCCUCCUCCCAGGACAUACACAGACUCGUGGGGCUGCAGAACACAUAUAUGGGCUAUCUGGACUACCGGAAGAAGACGAUAAAAGACCUUGGCAUCAGCCCCAGCACUUGCUCUUUCAAUCCUGGUGUGAUUGUUGCCAACAUGACAGAAUGGAAGCACCAGCGGAUCACCAAGCAGUUGGAGAAAUGGAUGCAAAAAAAUGUGGAGGAAAAUCUCUACAGCAGCUCGCUGGGAGGAGGGGUAGCCACCUCCCCAAUGCUGAUUGUGUUUCACGGGAAAUACUCCACCAUCAACCCCCUAUGGCACAUAAGGCACCUGGGCUGGAAUCCAGAUACCAGAUAUUCAGAGCAUUUUCUGCAGGAGGCAAAACUCCUCCACUGGAAUGGAAGACAUAAACCGUGGGACUUCCCGAGCGUCCACAAUGAUUUAUGGGAGAGCUGGUUUGUUCCUGACCCGGCAGGGAUAUUUAAACUCCACCACCCCAACAGCUGAUAAAAUUCGACAUCUAAAAUAUUUCCUGUACAAAUAUGCGGAACUGUCCAUUUGUAGCCUAUUAUACCACUGUUCUUUGUGAACAGAACCUGAUACAAAUGAUCUACAGAAACAAAAAACCCUACUGUGUACAAAUAGUACCUUGAACCCUAUAGGUAUUGAUUUAGUUCCUUAAAUACAAGUGACAAUUAUAGA